AAGAAAAAAAAGAAUCGUUCAGAAAUUAAAUGUUCUUCGUGCUCUCUCUAAUGGCCGCUGUCUCUGGGUGUGUGCAGGAGGAGCUCUGAACCAAAGCUCUCACCCUUUCUUCUUCUCUAAAACUUCUCCUCUCCCAGAUUCAUUCCCAAACCCUAAACCCCAAACCCCACCAUUUCAAUUUCCACUUCCAUUUCCAUACACUCAGAGAUCAGAGAAGCACCACAGCAAUGCUUCUCCUCUUCUUCUUCUUCUUCUUCUUCUUCACCUUCCUCUCAAACCCUUCUCUCCUCUCCCUCUCUCUAACCCAAGAAGGCCUUUACCUCCACACCAUCAAGCUCUCCCUCGACGACCCAGAUUCCUCCCUCCGUUCAUGGAACGACCGCGACCACACUCCCUGCUCCUGGUUCGGCGUCUCUUGCGACCCUCAAACCAACUCCGUCCACUCCCUCGACCUCUCCAACACCAACAUCGCCGGCCCAUUCCCCACCCUCCUCUGCCGCCUCCAGAAUCUCUCAUUCCUUUCCCUCUACAACAACUCCAUCAACAUGUCCCUUCCCUCUCUUAUUUCAGAUUGUUCCAGUCUCCAGCAUCUCGACCUCUCUCAGAAUCUCCUCACCGGCGCGCUGCCGAGUUCGAUCGCCGAUCUCCCCAACCUUCGCUAUUUGGAUUUGACUGGGAAUAACUUCUCCGGAGAUGUUCCGCCCAGUUUCGCUCGGUUUCGGAAGUUGGAGGUUUUGUCUCUUGUUUUUAAUCUUCUCGAUGGACCUAUGCCGGCGUUUCUCGGUAAUAUUACGUCGUUGAAGAUGUUGAACCUGUCUUACAACCCGUUUGCGCCGAGUCGGAUCCCGCCGGAGUUUGGGAAUUUGACGAAUCUUGAGGUGCUUUGGCUGACUCAGUGUAAUUUGAUUGGGGAAAUUCCGAACUCUCUUGGUCGGUUGAAGCGGCUUACUGAUUUGGACUUGGCGUUGAAUAAUCUUUAUGGUCCGAUUCCAAGGUCGCUUACGGAUUUGAGUAGCGUGGUUCAGAUUGAGUUGUAUAAUAACUCGUUAACCGGUGAGUUGCCUUCUGGGUUUUCGAAUCUGACCUCACUGCGACUGUUUGACGCGUCGAUGAACGGUUUGACUGGGUCGAUUCCGGAUGAGCUUUGUCAGCUGCCGCUUGAAAGUCUUAAUCUCUACGAGAACAAGUUUGAGGGGAAGUUACCGGAAAGCAUUGCCAACUCGCCGGGUUUGUACGAACUCAGGCUGUUCGGUAACCGUCUCACUGGCGGUUUACCGCCAAAUCUUGGAAAGAACUCGCCAUUGAGAUGGAUUGAUGUUUCUAACAACCAGUUUUCGGGUGAAAUCCCGGGGGAUUUGUGUGAGAAGGGAGCGUUGGAGGAAGUUCUGAUGAUUAACAACCAGUUUUCCGGCGAGAUCCCGGCGAGUUUAAGUGAGUGUAAAAGUCUCACGAGGGUGCGAUUGGGUUACAAUCGAUUUUCCGGCGAGGUGCCGGCGGGUUUUUGGGGGCUCCCACAUGUGUAUUUGUUGGAGCUGGUGAGUAACUCAUUUUCUGGGAAUAUUUCGGAUGCCAUAGCCACUGCGAAGAACCUUUCGAUUUUCAUUAUCUCUAAGAACAACUUCACCGGCACAUUACCGGCGGAGAUGGGACGGUUGGACAAUCUUGUGAAGUUGCUAGCGACUGAUAACAAACUCAGUGGGUCAUUACCAGGGAGUCUUGUGAAUCUUGGGCAUCUUUCGAGCUUGGAUCUUCGAAAUAAUGAACUCUCUGGGGAACUUCCCAGUGGAAUCAAGUCGUGGAAGAAUCUCAACGAACUCAGUUUGGCACACAAUGGAUUCACCGGCGAAAUCCCUGAAGAAAUCGGGGACUUGCCGGUUCUCAAUUACCUUGAUCUGUCGGGAAACAUGUUUUCUGGGAACAUCCCUGUCGGACUACAGAAUUUGAAGCUCAAUCUGCUCAAUUUAUCGAACAAUCACUUGUCUGGUGAGCUUCCCCCAUUUUUAGCUAAGGAACUCUACAGAAAUAGCUUUUUAGGGAAUCCAGAUUUGUGUGGACAUUUGGGAAGUUUGUGCAACAGCAAAGGUGAAGAAGCUAAAAGCGUAGGCUCUCUCUGGUUGUUACUAUCAAUCUUCUUCCUCGCCGGUAUCGUGUUUAUCGUCGGCGUCGUCUGGUUUUACCUCAAAUACAGGAAGUUUAAGGCGGCAAAGAGAGAAAUGGAGAAGGGGAAAUGGACAUUGAUGUCCUUCCACAAGUUGGAUUUCAGUGAAUAUGAGAUCUUAGAUUGUCUGGAUGAAGAUAACAUCAUAGGCAGUGGCUCUUCUGGUAAAGUUUACAAGGUUGUGCUCAACAAUGGCGAGGCCGUUGCUGUUAAGAAGCUGUUCGGAGGGACGAGGAAAGAGGGCGAAAAAGGCAACGAUGUCGAGAAGGGUCAAGUUCUUCAAGACUAUGGAUUCGAAGCCGAAAUCAAUACUCUGGGAAAGAUUAGGCACAAGAACAUUGUGAAGUUAUGGUGCUGCUGUGUUACAAGAGACUACAAGCUUUUGGUCUAUGAAUAUAUGGCUAAUGGAAGCUUGGGAGAUUUGCUUCAUAGCAGUAAAAAAGGAGUGCUUGAUUGGCCUACCAGGUUUAAGAUAGCUUUGGAUGCUGCAAAAGGACUCUCUUAUCUUCAUCACGAUUGCACCCCUCCAAUCGUUCAUCGAGACGUUAAGUCGAACAAUAUCUUGUUGGAUAGCGAUUUUGGAGCACGGUUAGCCGAUUUCGGUGUGGCUAAGGUCAUUGAUUCAACAGCGAAAGGGCCUAAAUCCAUGUCGGUAAUCGCAGGAUCUUGCGGUUAUAUUGCGCCUGAGUAUGCUUACACACUCCGUGUCAACGAAAAAAGCGACAUAUACAGCUUCGGCGUGGUGAUCCUGGAGCUAAUAACCGGGAGGCUCCCGAUCGAUCCAGUGUUCGGAGAGAAAGACCUGGUGAAAUGGGUGUGUUUCACGUUGGAUCAAGACGGGAUCGACGAGGUGAUAAACCCGAAACUGGAUAAGUGUUUCAAGGAAGAAAUAUGCAGAGUGCUGAACAUUGGGUUGCUAUGCACCAGCCCUCUUCCCAUCAACCGGCCAUCAAUGAGAAAAGUGGUGAAAAUGCUGGAAGAAGUUGGGGCAGAGAACCAAUUGAAAACCAACAAUAAAGAUGGGAAGCUAACUCCUUACUAUUACGAAGAUUCCUCGGAUCAGGGAAGUGUAGCGUAGAACAAAACACAAUUUCUUCCAAUAUUCUGGGUGGGUUUGGUUUGUUUGAAUGGAAGAAGAAGACAUAGGAAGCAGCAGCAUUGUUGAAAUCAUAUGUAAAUUUGUUUGCUUUGCUGAUACGCUGUUGGUUCUCUCUGUCUCUCAGAAGAAUUGUAAGGUGUUUCUUCUCUUCAAGUAUUUUUGAGAAGAUCCUGUUUAGAUGACAUCAGAAACGUCAAAAAUCCUGUCUUUUUUCUCGUUCCGACAAAAAACUGGAUAAGCUUAAUUUAUUUAUUA